AUGUCGCGAAAGACUUUUAAAACCAGGCUGCUACCUUCAGACAUAAGCGAAUCGGAUUGGGAUCCUUAUGGUGCUCAUGCGGUCCAUAAACUUCAUGAUAAUGAUGAAGAUGAUUAUGCUGAUGAUAACUCCUUUCGUUACGUUAUAUCUGACGACCAUGAUAAUGAAGACGAACCGAAUUACGAAGAAGCGAGUAACGAAGUGCCGGAUUAUGGAGAAAGCAGUGAUGAAGAACCAGGUUACGUAGAGACUGGUAGUGAAGACAGCAGUGACGAAGAAUUAAGUUAUGUAGAAAGCAGUAGUGAAGAAAGUAGUAGUGAAGAAACCAAUGAUGAAGAACAGAAGUAUUGUGCUUUCCCAUUCACAAAAACGAACACUGGUCGUUCAACCAUUGCAAUUAGUGCGAAUAUCGCACCGGACGCUCGUAGAUGGGAUGGCAUGAAACUAAAAAACGUAAUUGCAGAUAACGCUCGAACGAAUAAGGAACCAAUUAUUGUUUAUUACUACUUUGCUACAAAUAUGAAGAGGAAAGAAAACUAUAAGAAAGUGGUCAAAGAAGCUAUUCAAGAUAUAGAGGCAGCAGCGCCUGGUAUUAAAUUUAAAAACUCCGACACAGCGCAAAAUUGUAUUCGCAUCUAUUACUCAAGCAAGCAUGAAAGUAGAAGCGCAGCCGGAAUGCGAGGAGGUAAACAAACGCUGGAGUUAGGAUGGGCUAAAAAAGGCAAUGCGCUCCAUGAAUUAAUGCAUGCAUUAGGCUUUCUUCAUCAACAUCAGCGUGAAGAUCGUAGUAAACAUGUUUCUGUUCGUGCAUCCAAGAAAAAUAAUCCUAAUUACAAAAAGAAGGGUGUUCAUGGCGGAGGUAGAUACGACGCUCAUUCUAUUAUGCAUUACCCUUGUAACACAAAUAUGAGAGGUAUUAAACUUUGGGCGCGUUGCAACAGGGAAUGUCUUAGUAAUGGUGAUAAAAUCGCACUUAACGUGUUAUAUCCGCCUGUUAAAGGAGCUCGCGAAUGGUAUCCAAUGAGAGGUAAUACCAAUUUAUACUACUGUCGCAAGAAAAAUAUGAAUGACAACAAUGCACCAUUUGGCAGAGUCGAUAGCAAUGGUUUUUGCGGUCCUGAUAACGGUCCAAACUGCCACAUUUGUCGAUGUUACGGUGGAAUACUAGAACGGGAAAAUGAUCAAGGAUAUCCAGCAAAACAAGGAGAAACAGGUCUUUUUUAUUGUGGUCGAAAAAUCAAAACCGAGAAAAAACAAAAACGACACGAUGGCAAAUGUGGUCCUGAUAACGGUAACAAUUGUGAGUCUUGUUCCCGAUUAUUACGCUGA